AUGUGGUGUGAUGAUAUCAACGCCUGUGUAGGUGGGUAAUAGGAAGGGGGGGGGUAAAGGUAUCACACCCAGUUUUGUCUCGGAAUUGCGCUCUACAUGUGAUCUAGCAAUAUCACUGCCUGCCUGGGUGGGUUUCUUGUGUAGGGAAAGAACCAAGGGGUACUAGGGGAGUGUAGAGGUAAUGCAUCAGUAUCAAGGAUCAAGGAGGAGGGGAAAUCUCUUAUUGAUCCAGUGUUACUACAGGAGGAAACCUAAACUAAAUUAACUUUAUUUAUACUGGAUAGCUCUAUCAGUUCUAAACUGUUCUUCCUAGAGGUCCAGUAAGGAUCAUCUCUUAUUGAUCCAGUGUUACUACAGGAGCAAACCUAAACUAAAUUAACUUUAUUUAUACUGGAUAGCUCUAUCAGUUCUAAACUGUUCUCUCUAGAGAGCAAACCUAAACUAAACCAACUUUACUUAUAACUGUGGCAAUCGAUACACCAGGCGGAAAUCUUAGUUUAAAGAUAAAGAGCAGAGCCCAGCAAAUAACUUUAAAGCCAAACAUAAUAAAAGUAAAAAUUUAUUUGUUAGCUAACGUUUCGUUGUUUACAAUACAACAUCUUCAGAGCAAUCUAAAUGAAUUUACAGGGUAUGGUAUAUAUAUUUACAAAAUAAUGGUUUAAUAUUAAACCAUUAUUUUGUAAAUAUAUAUACCAUACCCUGUAAAUUCAUUUAGAUUGCUCUGAAGAUGUUGUAUUGUAAACAACGAAACGUUAGCUAAUACAUUUUUUACUUUUAUUAUGUUUGGCUUUAAAGUUAUUUGCUGGGCUCUGCUCUUUAUCUUUAAACAACUUUACUUACCCUGAAUAACUUUAUCAGCAAAACACUGUUCUCUCUAGAAGUCCAGUAAAGGCUAUAUAUCAACCUCACGAGGUUGCCAAAGAACAUUUAUUAAUAUAAUUAUUUGUUUUCUAUCAUUGUUUUUCUAGUAAAAACUCCACCCCCACCUCCAGUCAUAUCAAGUUCUGAUGUAAUACUGAAUACCUCUGCUCUCUCCAAAACAAGAAUUUAUAUAUCAACUUCUAAUGCAAUGCACAGUACAUCAGCUCUCACCAAAACAAGAACUUAUAUAUCAACUUCUAAAAUGCUGAAUACCUCUGCUCACUCCAAAACAAAACCUUAUAUAUCAACUUCUAAUGCAAUGCUUACUACCUCUGGGACUUAUUCAUCAGUAACGUUAGAAACAUACAAAUCCACCGCAAACAAAGACACAAUCGCAUCGUCAAAAGUAUACAAAACUAGUAGUGGUAUUGAACCAACGGAAACUGUCCCUGAAAGCAGUAGUGUUACCACAACAAACUAUAUCACACCUCGUUCGCCUCAAGCAAGAGAUCAAAAGAAUGUGGUCACACGCUGGUGGUUCUGGGUGGUUAUGGUAUCGAUGGUACUGCCUGUGAUGGUGGUUGUCAUGGUGAUACUGAGGUACAAAAAUAAAAGGUAAUCAAUUAACUAACAUACGAGAUAACCAACCUACACACUUAUCAUGUAAUCACCCUAACCAAUAAUUACGUCAUCAGAUUUCGGGUUUAGCCCCUAUGUAAUCAGGCUAUGGUGAAGAUCUAAUUCAAUUGAUGCCUCAAUUCUGGCCAACCACAGUCCACUUAACCAUUGACCAAAGGGAAAAGUACAUUCAAUCUUAAAUAAUCGUUUUUCUAAUUCAUCAGGUCGCCUACAGUUGUCAUAACCACGUCAAAAUCAACACAUGCUGGAAUCGUAAUAGAAAACCAGGCUGUGGGAAACGAUGUUCUAAACUUGACAAUCAUAAGGCAAUAA